AAAAAAUGCUAAAUGAAUCAGAUCAUGAUGGAUAUAAUAAAUAUGAUAGAGAUUAUUAUUAUGAUAAAAGAUACAAAAAAAAGAUCUCACUAAUAAUAAGUUCUAUUAUCUUUCUGAUAAUUACCUAA